CUCAAGUGGAAAGGGGCAGUUAGGCCCUCGGGGUGCCCACAUUCAGACUUGCAGUCCCGAGAAGGGGCCACGGGGGUAGAGGUGCGGCCGGUUUCGGUUCUCACCGCAGUUCACCCUUUGGGGUGAUAGUGGGAUAGUGGGAGUGGCGUCCUAAAGGCCCUGGAGCCCCGCGGCUCGGGAAGAUUGCGGGGCAGUUUUGUCCUGCGGUGGGCAGCGCUGCAGUGCUAUGGCCGGGUGGGAGGCUCCUCCGGCAGAAGAGACACCCCUGGCGGCGAUGAGGGUCUUGAGGCGGCAAGCCGCCCUGCGGGUCGUGGCGUUCCGUCCCCUUCCUCUGGCCCAGGCUGUGGAGGUUCCGUAAUCCCUCGCCUGGAUGUGAUCGCCGUUGGCUUCGAGGCGGAGGUGGGGCCUUACUGCGUCACUCUGGGACCCCUACCAUGGAGAAGACCGUUGAAGAUCCCCCCACAUCAGCUGUCUUGCUGGAUCACUGUCAUUUCUCUCAGGUCAUCUUUAACAGUGUGGAGAAGUUCUACAUCCCUGGAGGGGAUGUCACAUGUCAUUACACCUUCACCCAGCAUUUCAUCCCUCGUCGAAAGGAUUGGAUUGGCAUCUUUAGAGUGGGAUGGAAGACAACCCGUGAGUAUUACACCUUCAUGUGGGUUAAUUUGCCCAUUGACCUAAACAACAAAUCAGCCAAACAGCAGGAAGUCCAAUUCAAAGCUUACUACCUGCCCAAGGAUGAUGAGUAUUACCAGUUCUGCUAUGUGGAUCAGGAUGGUGUGGUCCGGGGAGCAAGUAUUCCUUUCCAAUUCCGUCCAGAAAAUGAGGAGGACAUUCUGGUUGUUACCACUCAGGGAGAGGUGGAAGAGAUUGAACAGCACAACAAGGAGCUUUGCAAAGAAAACCAGGAGCUGAAGGACAGCUGUGUUAGCCUCCAGAAACAGAAUUCAGACAUGCAGGCUGAGCUCCAGAAGAAGCAGGAGGAGCUAGAAACCCUACGGAGCAUCAAUAAGAAGUUGGAACUGAAAGUGAAAGAGCAGGAGGACUAUUGGGAGACAGAGCUGCUUCAACUGAAAGAACAAAACCAGAAGAUGUCCUCAGAAAAUGAGAAGAUGGGAAUCAGAGUGGAUCAGCUUCAGGCCCAGCUGUCAACUCAAGAGAAAGAAAUGGAGAAGCUUGUUCAGGGAGAUCAAGAUAAGACAGAGCAGUUAGAGCAUCUGAAAAAAGAAAAUGACCACCUCUUUCUCAGUUUAACUGAACAGAGGAAGGACCAGAAGAAGCUCGAGCAGAGAGUGGAGGAGAUGAAACAGAAUGAAACUACUGCAAUGAAGAAGCAACAGGAAUUAAUGGAUGAAAACUUUGACCUGUCAAGAAGACUGAGUGAGAACAAAAUGAUAUGUAAUGUUCUACAGAGAGAGAAAGAGAGAUUAGAAGGAGAAAAUGAUCUUUUGCAGAGGGAGAACAACAGACUGCUCAGUUACAUGGGUCUGGAUUUUAAUUCUUUGCCCUAUCAAGUACCUACUUCAGAUGAAGGAGGCGCAGAACAAAAUCCAGGACUUGUCUAUGGAAACCCAUAUUCUGGUAUCCAAGAAAGUUCUUCCCCAAGCCCACUCUCCAUCAAGAAAUGCCCCAUCUGCAAAGCAGAUGAUACUUGUGAUCACACCCUGGAGCAACAGCAGAUGCAGGCCCUUUGUCUGAAUUGUCCAAUUUGUGACAAGACCUUCCCAGCAAGAGAGAAGCAGAUCUUUGAAGACCACGUGUUCUGCCACUCUCUAUGAGCGUCCCAGCCUCUUGGAUAUAUACGGAGAUUUUAUAGAGUAGAACCUAUAGCUUCUACCAUGAGUUAUAUGAGUCAAGACCCUGCCUAACCUGAAAUUACUAGAGAUUUACUCAGCCCUGCUGCCACUAACAGUGGAGUCAUGUCACUUGUCUGAAGGACACUGUUAAGAGCUUCUGGUGCCAUCCUGUGUGUUACCACCUUUAAGUCACAUAGCUUUAGCUGUAUCAUCCUCUCACCUAUCAUUCUUCUGGAGGUCUUCAGUACAAGGUCCCUGGGAUGGAGCCAACCUAGGUAUUCACAACAGGCCUGACUUGACACUAAAUCAUUAGUUUUCCAAGUUGUCCCACUGCCAUUCAGGGGCAGACCUUGAGCGUAUUUGUUCUCAGUCCUAACCCUGGAGCCAGAGAUUGGUCCGAGGUUGAGAAUUCCUUUCUCCUCCUCCAGUGUUGCUUUCUCCAACUGAUUGCUUUAGACUAGCCAAAAAUGGCACAGCAAAGAGCUCAGAAGUCCAAUUUGGAUACCAAAGGUUUCUCAUGUAAAUUUCUCAGCCCCCAAAGAAGCAUCUUACUCCUGAAACUUAGACAGGAAGUAUUACUUCAGUUACAGAAAGCUUUUCUGGGUACCUCUGGUUAGCAUUUUCUACUCUCUGAUCUUUCCUAUGUACAUAACUUUUAUUGUUAUAAAUCCUUUCUUAAUGGUUAAAUAGGGAUUGUUAGAAACUGGGUUUGCAAUUUUCUGAGCAGGUGAGUUUUGAAUAUGGAUAAGUCAGAAUAGUAAGACAACUAUUGUUAAUCACUUUCAUAUUAAAAAUAAAUUACUCUUCUGUUUCAGGGACUUAGGUAAUUUAAAAUAAACCUUCAGUUUAUGGCCUUUAUUUUGAAGCUUAUGGAAAAAUUGUGAUCAAAAGGACUGUGGGAAGGGCAGACCCACCAGUGAUUUAUUUCUCUUCACCUGUCUUAAAUAUUAAACAAAAAAGAGUGUCCUGGCA